CAUGGUGGGGAGAGGGGGGAUAACAAAAGGUGUCACUAAGCUUCCUCACUUUGCAAAAGCUAUUUAUAUAUGGACAGCUUACUCUUUUCCUCUCUCCUUCCUUUCUUUAAGAAAGGCAGACAAAUAAGAGAUUCCAAUUUUUUUUAAGCAGCAACAACAAAAAAAGAAAACAUUGGCUAGCAAUCUAAUUGAAAGAAGAAAAAUAAAUAUGAGAAAUGCACAAAAAUCCAGCGGGGAAUCCAGCAGCAAGACUUCUGGGUGACAGCUACGAUACCUUGACCUUGAAGAUGGUGAGUAGCCAGCCAAAGUACGAUCUAAUACGGGAGGUUGGUCGUGGCAGCUAUGGUGUGGUGUAUGAAGCAGUAGUGAGGAAAACCUCUGCACGUGUUGCGGUGAAAAAGAUUCGGUGCCAUGCUCCAGAGAAUGUAGAGCUUGCCCUGCGUGAAUUCUGGGCACUUAGCAGCAUCAAGAGCCAACAUCCAAAUGUUAUUCACUUGGAGGAAUGCGUUUUGCAAAAAGAUGGCAUGGUGCAGAAGAUGUCCCAUGGCUCCAGCUCUUCGCUUUAUUUGCAGCUUGUAGAGACCUCCUUGAAAGGUGAAAUUGCGUUUGAUCCCAGAAGCGCCUACUACCUUUGGUUUGUGAUGGAUUUCUGUGAUGGAGGUGAUAUGAAUGAAUAUCUCCUGUCUCGAAAGCCUAGUCGUAAGACCAAUACUAGCUUUAUGCUUCAGCUCAGCAGUGCCCUGGCUUUUCUGCACAAAAACCAGAUCAUCCACCGUGACCUCAAGCCUGACAACAUCUUGAUCUCUCAAUCCAGGAUGGAUGCUAGUGACUUGGAACCCACUUUGAAAGUAGCUGAUUUUGGACUGAGUAAGGUUUGUUCAGCUUCAGGACAGAACCCUGAAGAGCCAGUGAACGUGAAUAAAUGUUUUCUUUCUACAGCUUGUGGCACAGACUUCUACAUGGCUCCUGAAGUUUGGGAAGGUCACUAUACUGCCAAAGCAGACAUCUUUGCAUUGGGGAUUAUAAUCUGGGCGAUGUUGGAAAGGAUCACUUUCAUAGACACAGAGACCAAGAAAGAACUGUUGGGGAGUUAUGUGAAACAAGGGACUGCGAUUGUACCUGUUGGAGAGGCAUUGUUGGAAAAUCCAAAAAUGGAGCUACUCAUUCCUGUUAAGAAAAAGACAAUGAAUGCUCGUAUGAAGCAGCUGAUUAAGGAAAUGCUUGCUGCUAAUCCACAGGACCGCCCAGAUGCUUUUGAGUUGGAACUCCGGUUAGUUAAAAUUGCUUUUAAAGACAGCAAUUGGGACACGUGACCUCUGUAGUACUUUGAACUUUUGUCAGGAUUGUGUCUGUAACAAUAGGGCAGCACUCUGUGGAAGCAAAAAAACAGACUUAACCCAAAAUUUAAGGUGUCAGGGUUCAGUAUUCCCCCCCCUAUUGCAUUUCUCUUGAUUUUUGUAAACCAAGCUCAAGGUGGCUGUUCUUGUUUCAGAACCAUAUGUGUAUAUUUCCAAGCUGCAGCUGUAAUGCUAUCCACAUUGCCAGGAAACUUGACAUUUUAGGAGGUGAUUGCUUUCUAGGAAUAUUUCAAACAUUCCAGUUUCAUACUGCAGAAUUUGGAAUGCCCAUUGAAGACAAGGUUUGCAUGCUGGUAAUGCAAAUUAUUCAACUUUGUAGAGUAAGCAUGUAUAUAUUUAUGUCUGUAUGAGUGACUUGACUUCCCCAUCUUUCGAAAAUAUCCCCAUUAUUUAUAUUGUCUCAUAUUGAAUUGGGUGACUAUAGAUCAUCCGUAAAUUCCACAUCAUAGAUAUUGUCCACUUUUUUCUUUAAGAAAAAAAAGUUGAUGGCACAAAAUAUUAUAAAACAAAUGUGAUGCAAAGGGAACCUCUGGUUCAAGCACUAAGCUACUGUUGGGCAAACCUCUUAGUUUGGAAGGCUGCAAAAGGUAGUCUGAUGGCACAUUGCUUAGUUCAUUGAACAUUCAGGUUCAUUUUUUUUGAGGUAAAGAAAGACUUGUGCUAAAUCUGUCUCUAGCCACCCCCAUCCUUUGCAUUUGACAUCCAGCAUUACCUUUAAUGCAUUGUGUCUCUUUUUAUCAACUUUUUAUUUUAUUUUAUUUUUUACAAAUGUAAAUCAUGGGGAAGAGGAAAAACCUCCCAAAUUCUGCUGAAAACUUUGCAAAUGAGAAAAAUGUUUGCAUAUUUUGUUUCUGCCCUGGCUUUUAGAGGCUAGUCAAGCUAGCUACUCCCUCCCUUCUUAGCAGAGGUUCUUUUGGUCACUUCUUAGUGGUGGUCUUGAUGAUGGGAUAUUUGUAUUGUUCACUUAUUUUGUGUAAGAAGGACUCUGAAAGCUGAAUCCAGAUUCUUUCUUGCUAGAAAAUGUUUCCCGUAUGGGUGGGAUGAGCAUUGUUCUCUGCACAAAGUAAUAGUGAUUAUUCUAUUGCUCUCAUGUGAGAGGCACUUUUUAUAUUACUUUUGGGUAGUAGAUGCAGAACAUUUGGAACAACCCAACUAGCCCCAUCCAUGCACAGAGAGCAGAGUAGAGAAUUGACUCAACCAAAGGCCAAUCUAGACCCCUCCACCACCACCUUGGUGCUCCCUCACUACUGUCUCUGUGUGCACCACAUUACAACUGAAGCCUUUACUCUGCAAGAAAGCCCUUACCUUUCUUGACUGCUACUCUGAAGUUUUCAGCAACCUGAUUCUCCCCCUGUGGUUUUUGGGAAUGCAGGCUACUCUGCCCAUGGCUCUCCAUGCACGGGGUAAACAAAAGUUCCACACUAUGUUGUUUUGUAUUAAUAUACAGGACUUGAUAGCAGGCAGGAAUAAAUACUUCUUGAUUUCAUGAGUAAAUAGAA